CUCACAAUAUAUUAACUGGGCAAGUAAAGCCAAAACCAUCUGCAUGGGUGAAACCCCCUUGGAAGUAAGGGAAAAUUGUGAUUUUUGUAAUUUGGGUGAACAGAGCCUAUAGACCUUGCAACUUCCAUCUUUUUGAGUGGGGGGGGGCAAUGGGAAAAUUCUUUGUUAACAAUGUGUGGGGAAAAUUGACAGGAUGGUUUUUACACUGACCCCACCCCUGCCCUUCACACACACCAGCUCUGAUGAUAAAAAGAAGUGAGUGGUAUCAUACAGACCAGACCUCCCUGGCACUCACAGCUACAGCACCUGCUGCUCUGUAAGCUGGAGUCUUCAGUCAUGUUGAGUGGUGGUAUGUUGGUGUUUUCUGUCUUCUGCCUCUGCGUGAAGAUAAGCCCUCUGAGUGCAAUGACGUUGCCUGAAGAGGGUAUUUUAAAGACCCUUUUGAAAAGUUCUGCUGUUGAGACCUCUCCACAAGCUACAGUGGAUGCAUCUUUAGCAGCUGAGGAUAGAGCAAAUAUUCAGAAUAUCUCCAUUCAGGCCGACAUGCAGAAAACCAUGAUUGUCUCACAGAAGUCAUCUGGUGCCUCAGUGCAGGUACUGUCCAGGAUCAUCAGAAUCCCCCUGAGCUUGUCUCUGGACUCUGUUGACGACAUGUAUUACGGCUGCUCUCAAAAGAUGCUGAUCAGAGUGAAAAAUUACUACCUCCCAAGGAACACUAGGGACGAUCUGCACUCCACCUACACAAAACUUUGUGCCCUGAAAGCCAUGAAGAAUAAGGACACCUAUGACGUGCUAUCCUGGAAUCACUUCAGGGCCUUGUGUGCCUACACAGCAGGGGCAUAUGAUGGCUUAAACCGAGCAGUCCGCAAGGGGAGGGCAUCCUACAAGACCUCAUUUGAGUUCCAUGCCCUCCAUUUCCUGCUAUCGGAUGCUAUCCGGCUCCUAAAACUCCACCAAAGAGGCUGCUACACCACCUACAGGAGAAGCAAACUGCUUUUCAGUGGGGAAUCUGGACAAACCAUACGCUUUGGCUCGUUUGCCUCCAGCUCACUCAACAAGGACCUGCGUCAGUUUGGACAGAGGUCCUGCUUCGAGAUUCACACAUGUUUCGGUGCCUAUCUGAAGUCCUAUUCUGAGUUUGACUCAGAUGAGGAUGAAGUACUGAUUCCUCCAUAUGAGAUGUUCAAUAUUGUCUCUGUGGACACGUCAGGAGAGAAUGAUUUACAGUGUGAUGUUGUCUACAAGCUUGAGACUGCUGGGAUUUACAGCAGUCUCAACUGCCAGGCUGUGGAUCUUAUUUAAAAGCCGGAGUGUACAAUUUCAUGUUGUUUCAUUAUCUUGACUUUAUUAAAGCAUGAGUGGUUUGAAAUUAAAAGUUCACUCUUCGCCUUGGAGAUGGCACUCAACAAAACAAUCUGACAGUUAGGUCCAUUUAGUAGCUGUUCUGCAGACAGUUUGUUUUGCUAAUUACUUUAUCAAUUAACAGCACAAAGAUGAACUAUUAUUUCACAACUAACCACCAUGCUAAGCUUUCCACACGUGUCACAGCACUUACCAAACAAGUAGCGGUCCUCCUGUUGACACAUGACUGCAAAGCAUGCUGAACAAAAAAUAUUAGCCAGAAAUAGUCCAAGUUGUCUAUCAGCCCCAGUCAGUUUGUCUAUUCAUUAUUAUUUAAAUGUCUAAGAAGAAUGGACAUAAAGUCAGCAGAAUCACAUCUGUGAGGCCUGCAAUUCAAUACUUCAUACAAGACAGUAUUUUCAAGUUUCAACUUUGCGCCUUCCCCAAUUAACCCACAGUGAGAGGGUGCGCUACAAAAGAAACAGGAAGUGUAGCAACAGUCA